GACAGAUAGACGGAGGGAAGGACGGAGGUUUCUUCGACAGCCUCAGUGUGUCUCUGGUUUAGACUCCAGUCGGUUCUCGGACUCUUUGGACUUUUUAUUAUUUCCUUCCAGACCAACAGACUGAGCUCAGCACCAUGGCUGCUGCUCGCCCUCUGCUGCUCUUCUUCCUUCACGUCUUCACCACAUCGGCGCUGGAAUCCGGCGCUCAGACAGACGUCCCUGAGAGACGCCCACACCUCACUGGCUGUGUCUCGGCCGACAUGGAGACUUUCCACUGCACGUGGAACGUCGGAUCUUUCCAGAAUGUCUCCGAGCCGAGAGACCUCAGAUUAUUCUACAUUAAUAAGAAGCCUCCUGCGUCUCCUAUAAACUGGAGCGAAUGUCCUCACUACAGCACCGAGAGGCCCAACGAGUGCUUCUUCAACAAGAACCACACAACCAUCUGGACGUACUACGGCGUCCAGCUCCGCUCCAGGAAUCGUGACGUCCUUUAUGACGAGAAGCUCUUCUAUGUUCAGGAUAUUGUACAACCAGAUCCUCCAGUACGCCUGAACUGGACGCUGCUGAAUGUGAGUUUGACUGGCAUUUACUACGACAUAAUGCUGAGCUGGAAGCCUCCACAGUCUGCAGAUGUGGAGACGGGAUGGAUGAGGCUGCAGUACGAGGUCCAGCACCGUGACAUCAACUCUGAGCUGUGGAAAAAGUCCGACCUUGUGAAAAGCACAUCUUCCUCGAUUUAUGGACUCCAGACCAACGUCAACCAUGAGGUUCGGGUUCGGUGCAAAAUGGUAGGCGGGAAGGAGUUUGGAGAGUUCAGCGACUCUGUGUUCAUCCACAUUCCAUCUAAAGUUUCAAGAUUCCCAGUGGUGGCUCUGCUCAUCUUUGGCGCCUUGUGUUUAGUCGCCAUCCUGAUGUUAGUCAUCAUAUCGCAGCAAGAAAAGUUGAUGGUUAUGCUUCUGCCUCCGGUUCCUGGACCUAAAAUAAGAGGAAUUGACCCUGAGCUACUCAAGACGGGGAAGCUUCGGGAGUUGACGUCCAUCCUGGGUGGUCCUCCUGACUUGAGGCCUGAACUGUACAACAGCGACCCCUGGGUGGAGUUCAUCGAUCUGGACAUCGAGGAGCACAACGAGAGACUGACAGACCUGGACACUGACUGCCUCAUGGACCAGUCGCUGUCCUCCAACUGCUCCCCACUUUCCAUCGGCUUCAGGGACGACGACUCGGGUCGUGCCAGCUGUUGUGAUCCAGAUCUACCCAGCGACCCGGAGGCGUCGCCCUUCCAUCCUCUAAUCCCAAACCAAAUCCUCAGUAAGGAACCUCCAUGCCAGACAGCCUCUGAGUCCAGCUCCACAGUAGAGAGCUCCAGCAAUGUGGAGCCUCUUGCUGCCACCAAAGAAGCCUUCUACACCCAGGUGAGCGAGGUGAAGCCAUCUGGUAAGGUGCUGCUGUCACCUGAGGAACAAACCGAGGUGGACAAAAGUAAAGAAAAAGACGACAUGAUGGAGAAGGAGAAAGAAAAGAAGGAGUUUCAGCUCCUUGUGGUGAACGCAGAUCACAAAGACUACACCUCAGAGCUCAACACAGGAAAAAUAAGCCCAAAAUUACCCCCAGGAGAUCCGAGUGAACCCUGCCAGACAGGCGUUGCACCAUCCCUUGAAUCGGACACCAUCCCCGCGUCCCAGCUGCCCCCAGCUCCCGUCUACACCGUGGUAGAAGGUGUUGACAGGCAGAACAGCCUCUUACUGACAUCGAACUCAACACCAGCACCGCAGCUGAUAAUCCCGAAAACCAUGCCGACGCCGGGCGGCUACCUGACCCCCGACCUUUUGGGAAGCAUCACACCGUAAAUCAGUGGCAGAAGAAAAUCAAAGACGAUUCCGUUAUAUAGGCAGGUCGACCUUUGAGGGAUCCAGCGCUGAUUGUCAGCUCGCCUAGAAUAGUCUGUCAGUGUCCUGCCACCACCUCUACCUCCUCCGACGUCCACUGCAUCCUCUGAUAGGGCUGCGAAGUCGACAUGUUUGGAUGUUUGGAAUUAGCACUGGGGGAUGAGAGAGCACACAAGAAGGUGUUUUUCUCCAGUUGUGCAAAGGGAACCGAUCAAAAGGAAACCUCGAGAUCAUAACUGCCUCAAUUUUUCAAUAUUCAAAAUCUGGGUAUAUAAAGUGCACCUAAUAAAUGAAAAACGUUCUUCAUUAAAGCAACAUGAUCAAUUUCUGGCUGCUCGGGAUCAGAAUAGCUCCCCAAAUUCACACUGAUGAAUGUAAUCCCAGUAGUCUUUCUCCCGAUAGCUCCAGUUCGGUCUCUAGUAACUUAGUAAUGCCAAAAGUUCCACUUUCUUCACCAGCUAGUUGUUUUGCUCAUCAGUAAUUCAUUGCCCUAAGCUAAAAGCUUAUUUCCCUGUAGUUUCGUUGCUACGACACCUUUCGCAUCACAAGUUGUCAUUUUAUUCAGUGUUAUUUAAAAAUACUGACUAAUGCAGCUUAGCGUGUAUUUAAUUGUACAUUUUGUACGUAUAAAAAUAUUUUUGGAUGAAAUCAGACCUUGUGUAUAUUUGAGUUCAACAUUUUUAAGCUUUUCAUAAUGUUUUUAUUCCUCUUUAGGCUUUAAGAUCAUCAUUGCCACAAUGAAAAUGUUGCAUCACUCAAUAACUCAUUAUUUUACUUUUAUACUCAGCUUGUGUCAGCACAAAAAAAAAACUAAACACGGUUUGUUUGUGAAAGAAUCAACUUGAGUAUGGUAGAAGAUGCUAAUUUUACUCUGAUGCUACCACAUAUUGUGUUCUUAUGCUCUGAAAAUGCAAUAUAUUUUGAGCUGAUGCUGAAAAUGUUAGUCUUAUGCUCAGCCAGUAUUAGUUUAAGUGCAUUGGUCGUUAGAGUUUUUUUUUAUUCUACAUUCAUUUGUGGUUGGUUCAUGUAAUGCAAUUUACAAGUCAGGGGUCAGUUUUUUUUUUCAGUGUUAAGCUUGUACAGUUAUUGCAUUUUAAAUAUUCCAAAGUAUGGACAAAUAAAAAACUUUGAGAAAUUUG